AUGGCUCGGGGACUCAACAAGGAAUGGGAUCUCUUCGGGGCCAGGUAUCGCGUGGCCGGCGCCAAGGUGGACAAAGUGGACUGCAAUGCUUGCAAUAAGCAGGUCUCUGCAGCUGUCAACCGCCUGCAGUCUCACAUGCGCAUCUGCCCGGCUCGCGCGUCGGUGGCCUCGACUCUCCAGACCACUACCACCACCUCCACCACCAACGGCAGCAGCACCGCCCCGCCCGCCGACUCGCUGUCCGCUGCGAUUGAGCAGGCCAUCGAGACGGGCGCCUUGGCCGCAGAGCACACGGCGCCGACCGCAGCGGAAGGCGGCGCUCCGCCACUCAAGAAGCAGCGCCAGUCGCCCGCCAGAACGCACCGGCCGCGCUCCUGGAACGCGGCGGCGUCCAACGGCAGCGCCAGCGCCAACGCCGCUGCGUCAUUAAACGUCGACGACUUCUGGGUCAACCCCGCCGUGGGGGUGCCUGCCACUGCGGCGUCGCCAUCGCAGCAGUCGGCGAGCUCGUCGCUCACCAAUCGGCGACUGGACAUCGAGGAGAAGCGACUGGCGCUCGAGGUCAAGAGGGAGCAGCGCGAGCAGGCGAGGGAGCAGCUCAACCUCGAGAUCUUGGCGGCGCAGGCCAAGCGCGAGAAGCUGCUGGCGGAGAAGGAGGGCUACGAGGCCAAGGUGCUGCUGGCGCUCUCGCGGAAGCAGCUGAGGGACCAGGGCGUGAGCGAAGACGAGAUCGACCGCGUCCUGCCGGUCAGCGGGACCAGCAGCAGCAGCAGCAGCAGCGGCGGCGGAAACAACCAUAGCAAUAGCAAUAGCAACAGUGCUACGACGGACGCGACCACUGGAGAGUCCACGAACAGCGUGCGGUGA